UCUCCCUCUGCACGAGCAGGCAUACCACGAUGCGACUGGAGCUGGACACCUUAUUGGUGGCGUUCUCCUGCUUUGCGUCCACUCCCCAAGUUGAUUGAGAAUGCGAACUACAUAUGCACUGGCAUGACCUCAAAGCUGAGGCCGCGCCUAUCAAGUCAUCCUAGCAUCCCUUAUCUUCUACCUCUCAGCCUUAUAUCUAUUUAUUUCUGUCUUCACCAUGAAUGACCACAGCACGAAGGUUCAAAACCUUGCUCGCAUUCGCGACAAUCAGCGUCGUUCACGUGCUCGACGGAAAGAGUAUCUUCAAGAACUUGAGGCCAAGCUUCGCAACUGCGAACAGAUGGGCGUCGAGGCUUCUGCAGAAAUUCAAAGCGCUGCUAGAAAAGUGCUUGAAGAGAAUCGAAAACUCCGCGCCCUUUUACUCGAAAGGGGUGUGCCCGAGGCAGAUAUUGCUGCAGUCAUGGGCACCAACGACCGGUCUCUUGAGCAGGCUUCCGCAGCGUCGAAUCUUGUAACGAUGCUCAACCGUAAACGAACCUGUGGUCCCUCUUGCACCACUUCUUGUGGUGCGCAACCGAGUUCUACGACCUUAGCACCCCAGUCCCCGGCAGUAGCUCCAAUCUCCAUCCCUCAGCGGACAGCUGCUUUAAGCAGCAACGGAGGCCAGAGUCCGCUCUCAGUCACAUCGAGUGCUGUCAGCACUCCCCCGGGAUAUAAUAGCCUACCAUUCUUCCCUCCGCCAAUCACAUCGGCUCCAGAUCCCAAGGCAGAUGCCAUGUCGCAUUUCAGUUACCAGUUCGACCAGCCCCUCCAAGGCUCAUGGACCUUUCCAAAUGAAGCAAUCUAUGUGGAGCCAUUGCCAUACGACAACACCUCUUCCUGUCUCUACGCUGCCAACAUCAUCCGCAGCAUGCGGACUGACGUAGGCCCGGAACUCGAAGCUGAUCUCGGCUGUCGAGUACUCGGCCAAGAAUGUUACGUGGACAACCCAACUGUCUUUAGCGCUGUAGAGAAGUACUCGAAUCCAGGUUGCGAUAUGUGAGCGAAAUUCGAAGCAUGUUUGCGAGGAAUGAUGGAGAUUCCAACAUAGGAAGAUUAAAUGGAGGCAACUUUGGCUUCAAUGCCAAGUCCUUCGAAGGGAACCGAAUAACGCGGCUCUGGGUAGUCGCAAGGGACGCCAACGACACAUCGGAGUGCUCAGCGUUGCUUUGAAAGCAUAACCAAGAGCCAUCGCGAUGUCUCAUAGCGGCUAAAGUCUAGUAGAAAGACGCGCGAGAUGUGCCCUAUGAAAUACGACUCUUAUCCUGAAAGAGGAGGAAACGUGCUUGGGACUUCAUGAUUGCGGGAAUGAGGUUCAGUCCGCGUUUUACAUUUUGCUG